AUGGACGUGGUCGUGGACAUGGACGUGGACGUGGACGUGGACGUGGUCGUGGACGUGGACGUGGACGUGGACGUGGACGUGGACGUGGACGUGCACGUGGACGUGGACGUGAACGUGAACGUGGACGUGGACGUGGACGUGAACGUGAACGUGAACGUGAACGUGGACGUGGACGUGAACGUGGACGUGGACGUGGACGUGAACGUGAACGUGGACGUGCACGUGCACGUGGACGUGAACGUGAACGUGGACGUGAACGUGGAAGUGGACGUGGACGUGGUCGCGGACGUGGACGUGGACGUGGACGCGGACGUGGACGUGGACGACGUGGAUGUGGAGGACGUGGACGUGGACGUGGAGGACGUGGACGUGGACGUGGACGUGGACGUGGUCGUGGACAUGGAGGUUGACGUGGACGUGGACGUGGUCGUGGACGUGGAGGUUGACGUGGACGUGGACGUGGUCGUGGACGUGGAGGACUUGGACGUGGACAUGGAUGUGGACGUGGACGUGGACGUGGACGUGGACAUGGUCGUGGACGUGGACGUGGACGUGGACGUGGACGUGGACGUGGACAUGGACGUGGACGUGGACGUGGACGUGGACGUGAACGUGGACGUGGACGUGAACGUGAACGUGAACGUGAACGUGAACGUGGACGUGGACGUGAACGUGGACGUGGACGUGGACGUGAACGUGGACGUGAACGUGAACGUGGACGUGCACGUGCACGUGGACGUGAACGUGAACGUGGACGUGAACGUGGACGUGGACGUGGACGUGGUCGCGGACGUGGACUUGGACGUGGACGCGGACGUGGACAUGAACGUGGAUGUGGACAUGGACGUGGAUGUGGUCGUGGUCGUAGACGUGGACGUGGACGUGGACGUGAACGUGUACGUGGACGUGGAGGACGUGGAUGUGGAGGACGUGGACGUGGACGUGGAGGACGUGGACGUGGACGUGGACGUGGACGUGGUCGUGGACAUGGAGGUUGACGUGGACGUGGACGUGGUCGUGGACGUGGAGGUUGACGUGGACGUGGACGUGGUCGUGGACGUGGAGGACUUGGACGUGGACAUGGAUGUGGACGUGGACGUGGACGUGGACGUGGACGUGGACAUGGUCGUGGACGUGGACGUGGACGUGGACGUGGACGUGGACGUGGACAUGGACGUGGACGUGGACGUGGACGUGGACGUGGACGUGAACGUGGACGUGGACGUGAACGUGAACGUGAACGUGAACGUGGACGUGGACGUGAACGUGGACGUGGACGUGGACGUGAACGUGGACGUGAACGUGAACGUGGACGUGCACGUGCACGUGGACGUGAACGUGAACGUGGACGUGAACGUGGACGUGGACGUGGACGUGGUCGCGGACGUGGACUUGGACGUGGACGCGGACGUGGACGUGGACGUGGACGUGAACAUUGAUACGUGGACGUGGACGUGA